GCACAUCGAUUGAUAGCGGACCCAAAUGGCGUUGGCCGUUGCGGGUCACAUUCACAAUCUUUGUGAGUUGCGACGGCGGCCGGCGGCGACCCCUCCAACUCCCACCUUGGUAUCGCCGCUGCUGCGCCGUUAUCACCGUCGCAGCCAUGAGACCUCUCCUUACCCGCCUCUUCACCUCCACUCACAUUGCCAUGGCCUCCUCUUCCUUCUCUUCCUCUCCGUCUCGGCGGUUGGCCCAUCUCACACGCCAUCUCGCCUCCUCUUCUUCCAGCGAGCUCUCCUCAGUGGGCGCCCCUGCCGCGGCCGCCGCAGAUGCCGUCCCCGCGAAAACCCCACGCUCGGCCCCCUCCAAGGUCCACGCCGCGGUGCUGGUCUGCCUCUUCGAGGACCCUAGCAGCGGGCCACGGGUCCUGCUUACAAAGCGCGCUUCCUCCCUCUCCUCCCACUCCGGGGAGGUGUCGUUACCCGGAGGGAAGGUGGAGGAUGGGGACGCAGAUCCGAAGGCCACAGCUCUACGGGAGGCGAAGGAGGAGAUUGGACUGGACCCGGCCCUUGUUAAUGUUGUCACAGUUCUUGAGCCUUUCUUAUCAAAGAACGGCCUCAACGUUGUUCCUGUAAUUGGCAUGAUCUCAGAUAAAGCCCUAUUCAAGCCUGUCUUAAAUAAAGCUGAAGUGGAGGACAUCUUUGAUGCACCUCUGGAGAUGUUUCUAAAGGACGACCACCGGAGAACAAAACAAAUGAGUUGGAUGGGCAUAGAUAUCCCUGUCCAGUUUUUCGACUACGAGGCAGAUGGCAAAAGGUUUGUGAUUUGGGGCUUAACUGCACACAUCGUGACGCGUGCGGCGGCAGUCAUUUUUGGGAGGAAACCAUCAUUUGACGAACUUCCCAGACCCAAAUAUGCAAGUGCACCUGUUGCUGGCACUAACGAGUCAAAACCCUGAUGCAGCAUAAUCUGGAUGUAAGGGGCUGUUUUGGUUCGGAUCUUGGUGCGUGAACCUUGUUUGGUUGUAGAAUUAUGUUUCCCACUAAGUGAUAGCUGGGGAAGGUACCUAGAUUUGCUUGGUAUAUUUAUCUACAGAAUAUAGAUAGAUGUAAAAUGUAUUUUGAGUAUAGCACAGCAAAUAAUAUUGAAACAUUUGCCUGUCUCAUUUUGAGGUUCAGGCCUGGCGCUGCAUUGUAAGAGGAAAUGUACAGUAAACUCCAGAAAAUAUACUUAUGCCACACUGUAGAAAUUGAAGCUUGUGAUGGCUAUCAUGGUAGAAGA